GUGGAGAACAUGGCGUCGGACUUAGAGGAGCAAAGUUAUUCUUGUCCACCAAAACGUCUUAAACUGGAUAAUUCUAGCGUUUUGUGCAAUAGAACUAGUGAAACAGAAAAAGUAUCAUUCAGUGCAAGUUUUUCAGUACCAGAAACAUCUCGAAAUCGUGAUAUUGGUCUUAGCUCUGAAUUGAAGAGGAAGUCACCAGAUGACAACAGUACAUCUUUUGAUCCGACGCUAAGUAACCAUCACCAGUCACAAGAUGGCGGUUUGGAGGAUGAUGAUGAUGAUGUCUCCUCUACCGUCAGCAACCUAUCUGAUCUUAGUGGCCUUUCUGACAUCAGUGGCCAGGAUUGGAAACCCAUUGCAGGACCGAUGAGUUGGGUGCAGAAGCAAAUGUUGAACGGUGUGAAUCCUCGCACGCUGCUCAGUCAGAUGAUGGGUGACACAUCUCAUGUUCCGACACAAGUAGACGAUCUUACCUUGUGGAAAAUCAUCGUAAGUAUGCUGAGUGAGCCGCCACGACGAAUGCGGCUGCGACACAUAAACUCCCUCAAUGAUGUUAUCCAGUUACUCAACACCUGCAGCAGGAUCAUAGUUCUCACUGGGGCUGGGGUGUCAGUAUCUUGUGGUAUCCCAGACUUCCGCAGUCGUGAUGGAAUCUAUUCCCGUUUAGCUGUGGAUUUCCCCAAUUUGCCAGAUCCUCAGGCCAUGUUUGACAUCAAUUAUUUCAGACAAGAUCCAAGGCCUUUCUUCAAAUUUGCUCGUGAAAUUUACCCAGGCCAGUUCAAACCCUCACCAUGUCACCGGUUCAUAAAAAUGCUGGAGAGGCAAAAGAAGCUGCUGAGGAACUACACACAAAAUAUCGAUACGCUAGAGCAAGUGGCUGGAAUAGAAAAUGUGGUAGAAUGUCACGGAUCGUUUGCUACAGCGUCAUGCACAGUCUGUGGGCACAAAGUUACAGCGGAUGAUAUCCGCACUGACGUAUUCCAGCAGAAGAUACCACAGUGUCCUGUCUGUCCAGCGAACUCUGAAAUGUCUCGUGGAGUAAUGAAGCCCGACAUUGUCUUCUUUGGUGAGGGCUUACCAGAGAGUUUUCACACUGCAAUGGCCAAAGACAAGGAUGUGUGCGACUUGCUCAUUGUCAUUGGCUCUUCCCUCAAAGUGAGACCAGUUGCACUAAUUCCAAGUUCUAUACCAAACAAUGUCCCCCAGAUUCUUAUCAACCGAGAGCGUCUGCCACAUCUCAACUUUGAUGUGGAGCUAUACGGUGACAGUGACAUCAUCAUAGACCAACUCUGCCGGAUGUUGGGCGGUGGUUGGACUGAGGUUUGUUGGCGAGACUCUCCUCUCUCUGAGGCCCCACAGCUUUUGCCUCGUCCAUCCAGGUGUGGGUUUACUACUGACUAUGGCGAGACGGAGGGGGAGGAAGCAGAGAUGUCUAUUGACAGACAUGAGACCAUGGAUCAUGAUAUGGACACCCAAACACAUGAAGCGGCUCUCCAUGACAACUGUAGUUCUUGCAGACCAGGACCUCAGAAGGUGGGACGUGUCAAGCGACUGCCAGUGGAUACUUUAGAGGAAGGCAUGGCAGUGGAGGGGGAAGGUGAAGAGGGGGAGCGCUGCCUUGUCACACGUCGCCACCUGUCACUUGAUUCCACACGGGACAGUGGUAUUGGUGAUGGCAGCAACAGCAGCCACAGUGCUGAACGCCACAUGUCAGUUGAGAGUGAUACGGCCAUAAGUCUAGCGCAGCGGCUGCCAGAUAAUUCAUACUUCUACCUGCAGCCAAAUCGUUAUGUAUUCCCUGGAGCAGAGGUGGUAGAUGAGUCAGAUGAUGAUGACGAUGAUGAUCGCUCAAGCGUGGGCGACUUGAGUGAUGUAGACUCUGACACUCCGCAGGAAACUUGGACCAAUCAGCCGUAGGGUCGUGAUUAAGGGUGACUUGUUGGUGGAUGAUAAUCAGUUGUUAUGCUGUAUCGGCUUUUGACAAUCUGAAGAAUGCCAUGUUUUUCGACAACAUUUUCUUUAUUUGAGUGAAAAUGUUGUUGGAAGAAAAGUAAAAUAUGCAAGACCUUAUCUAAAAAAAAUACAUGUGUACUAAAAUGCUAUGGAGUGUAUAUGUUUAAAUCAAGCUUUAGUUAUAUAUGGCAAUAUUAUUAAUAUUCGCUGAAGAAAUAUAAUUUCUUAAAUAAAGUUAUUUAGUUAUGAAUUAAAUUCUUUUAAGCAGAACAAUACUAUAAUAUAAAAUAAUUGUAAUUUUCCACAUCGAAAUAAAAACUGGAAAAUUGAACUGAAUACCUUUGUUUAGCAGUUAUUUUACUAAUUAAAACUUAUCUUGGCUUCAUCAGAUUUGUGACCGUAAUCCAACACUGUGAUGGUUGCUGAGUUACCGUAUCUAGACUUAAUCUUUAGGCUGUUGGUAGCAUCUUGGUUGUGAAUCUGUUAUAACUUAUUUAUUUUUAGUGAUCCUAAAUAAUUUCUGAACUACAGGUAUUUUAGCUUAUCUGGUUUCCCUAUGCUGUUCUAAUGAUUUACAUCGAAAAUAUGUCGAAGCCGAGUAUUUCUUCUGGUUACAGUCACACAUUGAAUUAUUCAUUCUUUGGACCUGUCAACUGCUGAUACAGUGUUAUUCAUUAUUUGUAUUGUUUUCUAGUAAUAUAGAAAUUAAUUGUUAUUGUAAUUGUAUCUAUAGAUAUAAAUUAUUAUAGAAUCUAAUGAUCUUAAUUAAAAUUAUGUAAAUUAUUUCUAGAUGACAGAUUAAGUAGUUUAUUUUGAUUAAUAAUCAAUUUUUAUAUGAAGGUCUAUGAAUAUAUGUGGAUGUACAGUUUAUAUUUUGAUGUAAAGUUUGACAAAUUAAUGACCCUCAGUUGAUAUUAUUGGAUUUAUGUUUGCGUUAUUGUUAUUGGGAGUACUUAGGUAACUAAGUUAACUUAUUUGUUAAUAUUGAGUUUGGUUUAAGAUCCCUGUUUUAGUUUUUGUACUAUAAAUCAAUUAUUGUACAUUAAAUAAAAAUGUACUGCUGAUAAGUUUGGUUUAUUAUUAAUCAUGUAUUAAAUAUCCAUUUCUUAUAAAAUAAAAAUUAUAAUAAAUCUUAUAAAUAUAAGAUUAUAUAAAAGUACAGUUUUUUGGGUGAUUUUAAUAGUUUAAGCAAGCUGAAUAUUUUAAAAUAAUAUAAUAUUACCUUGAUUUAUUGAAUGUUUUUAUGAUAAAAAGAUACAACUUUAUAUUAAUACUGUUUUUGUUUGUUAGUUGUUCACCAAAGAAAGAUAUGAUUGUAUAAGUAUUUUUGCUUAGUGAUAAGAAAUUUUUAUAUUUGUGUGCUAAUCUUUGUUUAGUGCGUGGUCUUUUUUCAAAAUGAUUUGAGUUGGAAAAUCUUGUACUUGAAAUCAAUUCAAAUUCUUUAUUAAAGUGGACUGAAUAUUGUGAUGUUGGUUUUUACAAAAGUUGGGUUUUGUCAUUAUAUAUAUAUUUGUAUUUUAUUACUUUUUUAAUUUGUGUAUGACUUUUUAUAGUUGUCUUGAGUGCUUAACAAAGAAUUUUUAGUUUCUGCAUUCUGGAUUCAACUUGUGAUUCAUGUUAAUUAAUGUCUUUUAGACAAGCUUAGAGAAACAAGUGUUCCCGUAGCUUUUGUUAGCUUGGUGCUGAUUUAAUUUUUGUUUUCACGUUUUUCUAAACACAUGUUGCCAUGUUUGCAAAUAUAGAUUUUGAUACCGUGAUUUACACAGAAAAUUGCAUAGAUUAAAAGUAUUAUUCCUGAACGUGUUACAAUUCAACAUAGUAUACUAUAGUCUUAUUCUAAUCCUUAGAAAUUAAUUUUAACUAGUGUAUAAUGAAGUGUAAAUACUAGCUUUUCUAUUCUCCUGUCACACUUUAGACACCAACACCCGCAAUACAGUAUAUUCAGUUGAAAUGGUGCCGCUCUGUCUAGCCAUGCAAUAUGUUUAGUUGAUCACUUUCAUGUCUGUUGCUAUCAAUACAAUAUUGUACACUUGGAAAUUUUGUGAUAAAUGAUAUUUUUCUAAAUAAAGUUGUUUUAUUGUUUC